CCGAGUAGCAGUUAGUGACUAGAGAGGGUUAAGUUGCUGCUUUGAGCGUCUCCCAGUUAUGACUUCCUCCCAGUUAUAAAUUCCUCUUAAAUUCAAUGUGCUUAUCUAGACACCUUUGGCGGAGAUGGGUAACGGAAUAAACAAGGUCCUGCCUGAUCUUUAUCUUGGAAAUAUCAAAGAUGCUCGAGACAGGGAGCUGCUGGCUCAGCACAACAUCACCCACAUCCUGUCCAUCCAUGAUACAGCUGCGCCCGUUCUGGAGGGCAUCACAUACCUUUGUAUAUCUGCUGGUGACCAUUCCAAGCAAAACCUGAUUCAGUACUUCAGAGACAGCAUCAUGUUCAUCCAUGAAUCCCGACUGAAAGGAGAAGGCUGCCUCGUCCACUGUAUGGCAGGAGUGUCCCGCAGCGUGACUCUGGUGGUGGCCUACAUCAUGACCGUGACGGGUCACGGAUGGGUAGAGUCCCUGGCAGCGGUUCGGUCAGUCAGGCCAUGUGCGGGGCCCAACCUGGGCUUCCUGCGACAGCUGGAGGAGUUUGAAAACACAGAACUAACAGAAUAUCGAGCUUGGUGGAAGGAGCUGUACGGGAAGAACACGUUCAGUGAUGAUGAGGAGAUCGAGGCCCUUUUAAACCGGAAAUCCAGCACCAGCGAUGCCAUGACAACCAGCAUCCCUCCUGCGCUGGCCACGAGCAGAAAAUAAAGAAACUCAUUUCUGGAUCUUCAGUCAUUUCUCACCUGAACUUAAGAGGCCGAGGACAGCGGGCUUCUGAUUGGCCCUUUAACCCCACAGAGACCGGAUGCACAUUUUAAAAAUCAUUUUGCCCGCGACCUCGCACAGAAAACUGCGUCAGGAACACCUGUCUCAUAAAAAGUUCAGUGUCAGGAUGAUAAGUUCAGUCUCGUGUGCGUGGAGUUGCUAAGCAGACAUGUGACGGGGGGAUUUUAUGUCACCGUCUUCAGUUCCCUUCGUCAUGUCAUGUCCUUGCCUCUAACUGUCAAAACAACAUGCAAGGGCAGUCAAGCAUGACACCAAGGAAAUAUAUGUACAUACAGUCCACAGUGUGAACACAUACUCCUCCUGUACACCCCCCCACCCCGCCGUCCCCGUCAGUUAUGUUAUGCUGUGUCUUGUACUUGAAAAAUGACUAUUACUUUCUGUGACCGUGUGAGAGCUAAAGAACAAUUUAUUUUACUGUAAAAUAUCAGAUGUGCUGUUUUUAAUUAUUGUGCUGUUCUUCCUAAAUGUAAACUUUUCAUUUGAUUUUAUUUGUGCAGUUUAACGUGUGCACAGUCUGUGGAAAUGCAGUUAUAUAUGUAUAGUUUUUAUGUUAACGUUUUCAUGUUAGUUUGCAUUUUGUAUUUUGUUUAAUUACGCAUGCAUUGAGAUGACAUUUAACUCAUCAAGUGAAAAUAUUUAGAUUGUAAUAAUGCAACAAAGGAAUGUAUUAAUCUUCAUUUUUUUUUAGUUAUUUCAAGCCUUUUAGAAACAAAACGAGGGACUAAAAUCCAUCUUUGACAUGGUUUCUGGAUAGAAGCAGUGUUCAGAUCCAGGUAAAGGUCAUAAAUGACUUAAGUAUAAGUACAGAAGUUUAUCACAUGUAUUGUUUAGAAAAGUAUCUCU